AUGGUAGACCAUGCCCUAAAGAUUGAGGCAGACUACGAGGAUCGCAGGUCAAGGAAUGAAGGAAAAAUAAAAGUCGUGCAGUCGGGAAGGUUUGGGAAGAAAUCCCAACAGUUUACAAGAAGAAACACCAGAGGAAGGCCAUACCCACCUAAUCUGAGGAUCCCAAAGAGUCUCCCAGGCAUUAUGGACACAGAUCAACGCCUGAAUUGUACUUAUUGUGGGAGAGACAACCACACUACCGCGAAAUGUUAUCGAAAGAAGAAUGUGUGUAUGAAAUGUGGCAAGCCUGGCCACUGGGUGAGGGAUUGCCCAAUGAUUAAGCCCGAGGAUUGCCCGAAGACCCAAGGUCAAGUGUUCGCACUCACCAAACAAGAGGCCAAGGCAUUCACCUCGGUAAUCAGAGGUACGAUCUCAAUUUGUGAUAUUAAUGUUAAAGUCUUAAUUGACCCUAGAUCCUCUCAUUCAUUUGUCGUACCCCAUUUUGUCUGUUACAUGAAUGUUGCACCUACAUGUCUCAAUUAUACUUUAGUAGUAUGCACUCCUGUGGGAGGCUCUAUGGAAACUGAUAUAGUAUAUAGACGGUGUAAGCUUACAAUUGAUGGGUGCGACCUACCUAUGGAUCUAAUCCCCCUAGACAUUCAAGACUUUGAUGUGAUUCUAGGCAUGGAUUGGUUGUUUACACAUCAUGCCACUGUCAACUACCAUGAAAAGUGGGUAACCUUUAAAUGUCCCGACCAAGCAGAAAUACACUUCAGGGGCAUUAGAGGCAAAUCCACAAUGCUCCUCAUCUCUGCCAUCUGGGCCUCUCACCUUCUAGCUAAUGAGUGUGAAGGGUACCUAGCUUAUGUGGUAGAGAAUCGGGGUGUCCAGACCCAGUUGGAAGGGAUACCAGUAGUAAAGGAAUACCGUGAGGUGUUCCCAGAGGAAUUGUUGUCCCUACCGCCAGGAAGAGAAAUCAAAUUUGAGAUAAAAGUAGUACCUGGCACUGCUUCCAUCUUCAAGGCCUCGUAUAGAAUGGCUCCAGUAGAAUUGAAAGAGCUAAAAGAGCAGUUGUAG